AAAACCACUUCUGCGACAAUCUCUCAAUCGCGACUCAUCUCCAACUCUGUCGCUCGCCUCCAUACUUCUCAUCGACUGGCGCAGACAAGAGAAGAGACGAGACAACCUGACCUGCGCUGCUUUGCCCCCUCGCCCUUGAGUUGCCGUCCGCAAACCCCAUCGCCCUCCCUCCACUGACUCGGCCCUCUCGCCGGUCAACUCGGUUUUGUCCUCCUGCCCAUCAUGGCGGGAAAAAUGGUCCUCUACAAGCUGGUGGUCCUGGGAGACGGUGGUGUGGGCAAGACGGCCCUGACCAUCCAGCUCUGCUUGCAGCAUUUUGUCGAAACUUAUGACCCCACGAUCGAGGAUUCCUACCGGAAGCAGGUCGUUAUCGACACCCAAGCAUGCAUGCUCGAAGUCCUCGACACUGCCGGCCAGGAAGAAUAUACCGCCCUCCGAGACCAAUGGAUCCGAGACGGCGAAGGCUUCGUUCUCGUCUAUAGCAUUUCGUCACGAUCCUCCUUCUCCCGCAUCAAGAGGUUCCACCACCAGAUCCAGCGGGUAAAGGAGUCCUGCGCCUCUUCACCCUCUUAUCCUGGUUCACCCAUAUCGGCCGUUCACUCCCAAGCGCCUGUACCCAUCAUGCUCGUUGGCAACAAGAGCGACAGGGUCACGGAGCGCGAGGUGUCCACCCAAGAAGGACAUGCACUGGCUCGCGAGCUGGGCUGCGAAUUCGUUGAGGCCUCCGCCAAGAAUUGUAUCAAUGUCGAAAAAGCUUUUUACGAUGUUGUCAGAAUCCUCCGCCGCCAGCGCCAGGCAGCUUCCCGACCACAGCCCAACGGACGCAGCUCGACGCGCGCGCACAACUCCAGCUCACAAGACUACAACACGAAGGAGAAGAACGACGGCAGCCGAGGAAAGGGCGACAAGAAGAAGAUCAAGUGCGUCAUUCUAUAA